AUGAGCGGCCUUCGAGUGCUGUGCUCGCCGGCGCAGGUACCAGCGCAGAAAUCUGGCAGGUACAGUCUCGUAAGCUGCACCUCAUUCCCGAAUGUAGAAUGCAGUGCGCAUGUGCUGAUGAGCUCCCAGAAGCCUUUCGCAAUCUGCUCCCGUCCACCUGGAGAUAUCAAUUCUAUGACGGAGGAGAGCCAUGUGAGCUUGCCGAUGGCAUCAAGGAGGUCUAUCCUGGGCCCUACUUCUGUCUCUACGAUAUCCCCAGCUUUGAGAAUGUCCAGGCAGCUCAUGAUCUGGUAUACGAGAUUAUCGAGGAUGACGGACCCUUUGACGCCGUCAUGGGCUAUUCGCAGUUUGUCACCCUUGCCAGGACUGCUUCUUUACAGAGCUAAUCAGGAACCAGAGGCGCUUCGCUGUUAGCUUCGAUCUUGCUCCAUCACCAAGCAGAGAACCCCUACGGACCUCCGCUUUUUCGCUUUGCCGUCUUCAUGAACGCUUUCUUGCCGUACUCAAAGAACUCCGACUUUGGUAUCGAUGUAGGUCACAUGUGGUUCGAGGAUAGCGGAGGGAAAGUCUUCACUCCAACGGAUGACGAUACUGUCAAAGGAAUCGAACGCUACGGCGAUUAUAUGGAAGAAGGUCACAACUUCAGGACUCUCCCUAUUCGCCGGUUCAACCCCUCUUUGCACAAGGACAAGAUCAAUAUUCCAACCGCGCAUUUGUAUGGAGCAAAGGACGCCCACCGUCCUCAAAGCCUUCGACUUAUCGAGAUGUGCGAUGAAAAGCAAGUCGCGACGUUCGAACAUUGUGGCAGACACGAGGUACCACGGACGCCGAAACAGGCAGAGGGAAUGGCUACAGCGAUAAAGAAAACGUUUGAGAAGGCGCAGUUUAUCAUCGCAUAG